CCAAAACCACCAGAGCACAGUCACUUUCACUCAACAAGCCUCCAGCACUUCAGAGCAGCUUCAAACCUUCACUCUCCUGCAGCUCCUGGACGUCCCUGCGUCCCUGCGUCCCUGCGUCUGUCCAGCACUGAGAGAAGAUCAUCUCCAGACAGGUCUGAGGUCAGGGGGGUUUAGUGGAGAUGGAGGCGUCUGUAGAGCAGUCCCGCUGGGUAUCCCAGCCACUGAUGCCCUCUGAGCUGGCGGUGGGGUACCCGUCUGACCCCGGGUAUCUGUCCCAGGCCGACGAGGAGUCCACCUUUUCCAGCAUGGAGGCGGAAUACAGCCUGCCCUCCCUCUUCUCCACCCCCGUCCACAGCCGCAGCGCCCCCGCCUACAGACACAGCCCAGUUCGGCAGGUGUACUCCUCUCCUUUUCUCAGUGGUCUGCCGUGGCUGGAUGGUUCCGCUGGUCACUCGCUCUCUGCCCCGUACCCGUCACCCCCCGGCUCCUGGCACACCAGCGCCUUCACCAAGACCCCCGUCCACCCCCACAGCUCCUCCGCCUCCCCCCAGUACCCCACACCCGUCCCCCUGUCCUCGGUUAAAGUCCCCCGUCCCGAGCUGCCCUCGCCCGGCCCGGACUGUAAGGAGAACCCCAGGCUGCUGGAGGGGGUGAAGGGCGAGAGGGCCAGUCCUACAGGGGGUGCACUGGGUCUCGGGGGGCCUUACAGCUUCAAUCAUGCCACUGCGGGGGUGUACACACACACUCACACCCCCCCACAGACACACACACACUCCCUGAGUCACUACAGCUCGUACGGGACCCCGGGGCAGGACUUCAGCAGCGCUGCCUUCUACUCACCCUCAUCCUUCUCCCCCAAACUACGCAACAAAAUGAGGCUCUCUCCUACAGAAGCGCGAGAGUGUGUGAACUGUGGAGCCACUGCGACCCCCCUGUGGAGACGGGACGGUACAGGACACUACCUGUGUAACGCCUGCGGACUGUACCACAAAAUGAAUGGACAGAAUAGACCCCUCAUCCGGCCAAAGAAGAGACUGGUGGUCAGUAAACGGGCAGGUACUCAGUGUGCUAACUGCCAGACCAGCACCACCACGCUGUGGAGACGCAAUGCUAACGGGGAGCCUGUGUGUAACGCCUGCGGCCUCUACUUCAAACUACACAACGUGAACAGACCCCUCACUAUGAAGAAAGAAGGGAUCCAGACACGGAACCGUAAGGUGUCGGGUAAGAGCAGAAAGGCCCGUAGGGUUGCCGGAGUGGAGCUCGACCCGUUCUCCGAGUCCAUUAUGAAAGGCUCCGUCUCUGAGCAGCCCACAAUGGAUUCCUUCAACCUGGGAGCUGGAUCUUUGGUGCCCUACAGCCAUGCAGCCCAUGCCAUGGGCCCUUCCCAGGCACUUCACACCCCCACACACCUGCCCUACUCCUACCACCCCGCCGCUGCCAUCCUGUCCAGCAUGGGCUGACACUCCUCUCUCACCUCGUGACCUGAGCGAGCUGGUGACCUAAACGUGAACUGUGCAGGAUAUGAUACUGCUGUUUCAGAUACUGUAGAGGACGAAGCUGUCUGUCUUAACUGUGAAAGAAAAAUGGGUUUUAUUGUUUUUGUAAAUGUUUUUUUGUAUCAUAUCUGUUAGUGUCAGAAGGGCAAUGUGAAGGAAUAUUGUUUUUCUUUUGUUUUUUUAAGUUUUACAUUGUAUAAAUAUCUAUACUUGACGGAAACACUGUUUUUAGUCAUAUACUUUAUGAUUGUUGUUAAAUAGCAGAAGCUCAUUCUUCUUAUUGAAUUACACUGAAAAUAAGAAAAAUAAACUGAAUAAUAAUGUGUGUGUAUUUAGUGUAUUUAGGGAUGUCACUUGUUUUUUUGUAGAUAUCCAAAUACUUGUUUAUUACAUUUUCUUUUUCUCUUUUUCUCUUUUUCACCUUUUCUAUGACUACCUCCUCACUCUAUACCUGUGACACAAGAAGAGAAGGCAUUUUAUAAUUCAAAUCAGGUUAACCAACCAUGCACUUGGCACAGACAUUUCAAUAAAAUGACAUUUCAGAA